AUGUCCUCAUCCACAGUUCAAGCUCCUAUAAAAGAUAGUGGUCCUGAAGUGCCAAGAUUCGUAGUCUUCAAAUUAUAUCUGCAUACCUUGUUAAUGGUAUUUCUUCCGCUCGGCACUUAUUUUUUUACUGCAAAGUAUUGUUUCGAAGGAGAAUUCAAGACAACUUAUGCAGCACUUUCAGCUGCUGGGAUCGCAAACGUUGUACUGCUUUCUUUUAUAAUUACCGCAUUCGUUGAAGAUAGCAGUGUUCAAACAAAGGACAAAAAGACGGAAUAA